UGAGUCUCCGCCCCUGAAAGUCCCCCGGUGUUCUUAGGGUGAACUGAUGUUUGUAGAACAGCUCUCUACCGCUGGGUGUCCGAGCUGUCAGAAAGCAGCACUAACAUGGCUGCUGGAACCCGUAUCUGCUGCAGUUUGAGAAAUGCCAGGACCUUCUUCGCUCGGUGCCACAACAGAAGCGACCAGCGGCUGUUUUCCAGCGCUACGCACCAGGAGAAUGAGCUUGAACUCCGAGAUACCUCAGUGACUGCUGCAAACUUCCAGACCAGACCCAGCUUGGAGAGAUUAACAGAUGAGAAGGUCCUACCGUUUUCAGCUUUCUUGACCGACAGUUUUGGCCGCAGACAUAACUAUCUUCGCAUCUCUCUGACUGAGAAAUGCAACCUUCGCUGUCAGUAUUGCAUGCCAGAGGAGGGAGUGAAGCUCACGCCGCGGGGCCAGCUGCUCUCCACCUCCGAGGUGCUGACCCUCGCUCAGCUCUUUGUCCAGCAGGGAGUGGACAAAAUCCGCCUCACUGGAGGAGAGCCUCUCAUCAGACCCGAUGUUCUGGAUAUCAUUGCUGAACUGAAAAAGCUUGUGGGUCUGAAAACUGUUGCAGUUACAACCAACGGCAUUAACUUAUCCAGACUUUUGCCGAAGCUGAAAGAUGCUGGACUGGACCUGAUUAACAUCAGCCUCGACUCUUUGGUUCCAGCAAAAUUUGAGUUUGUAGUCAGACGAAAAGGUUUUCAUAAAGUCAUGGAGGGCAUUGACAAAGCGGUUGAAUUGGGCUACAAUCCAGUAAAGAUCAACUGUGUGGUGAUGAGAGGCCUGAACGAGGAUGAGCUCUUAGAUUUUGUGCAGCUCACAGAGAAGAAGCCUCUGGAGGUUCGCUUCAUUGAGUACAUGCCAUUCGAUGGAAACAAGUGGAACUUUAAGAAGAUGGUGAGUUACCAGGAGAUGCUGGACCAGAUCAGGCAACAGUGGCCCAACCUGGAAAGGCUUCAGUCUGGACCUGCUGACACUGCCAAGACUUUUAAAGUCCCUGGUUUCAAAGGUCAGCUCGGCUUCAUCACCUCUAUGUCAGACAAUUUCUGUGGCUCCUGUAACCGUUUGCGCAUCACUGCAGAUGGAAACCUCAAGGUGUGUUUGUUCGGUAACUCUGAAGUUUCCCUCAGAGAUAUUCUCCGUUCUGGAGCGUCUGAUGAGGAGUUAUUGCAAAUUGUCGGAGCUGCUGUGGGCAGGAAGAAGAAGCAACAUGCAGGCAUGUUCAGCAUCUCUCAGAUGAAGAACAGACCUAUGGUCCUCAUUGAUUUCUCUGAGAUGUUUCUCACAAGGGCAGAAAACCGACAAAGGGCUUCAUUCAUCUUUACUGAGCUAAAACGUGACCCGUUCCUUUAUCUGACUGCGUCUUCUGAUGAGUCUCGUAAGGAGUUUCUGUGCCUUCCUGGCUGCACUGCUUCAACACAGACAGCCUUUAGUUGUUGCUUUAAGACCUCAGUGAGUGGCGGUUCACUCAUUAAUACCCAUAUUAGCAAAGAGAAGUGCCACGAUGUGACGCCGCUUCACUCCUCAGACUAUGAUUACGAUCUCAUUUUCACCAGCCGUCACACUAAGAAACGCACAAAUAUGAGCUUCAUUAAUGAAGACCCCCUCAGGUACAAACAAUCCAGUGUUCCUAACAACCCAACGAGCCAGUCCCUUUCUGUUUUUUGCACACUGAAUGCCAAAAUGAAUCAGAAAAAUCUAAGUGUCAGGUUGUUUCACAGUCAAAGUUCUGGUGAAGACCACACGCAUAACACCUCAUUAAUCUUAGACGGUCUGAGUAGCGCUAAACCCCAGCUGACGCACACAGAUGCUGAGGGCCGAGCAACAAUGGUGGACGUUGGGGGGAAGCUUCCCACACGCCGAACAGCCACAGCCGGUGCCACUGUCAUCCUGGGCGCCAUCGCUUUCCACCUCCUCCGGGAUAACCAGCUAGCUAAAGGUGAUGCUUUAACUGUGGCCCAGCUGGCCGGCAUCAUGGCAUCAAAACAGACCUCCAACCUCAUCCCGCUUUGCCACCCGCUCCCACUGGACCACGCCUCCAUCUCAUUUCAGCUGGAUGAGCUGCACUGCUCUAUUAUUAUCACGGCAACCUGUCACACCACGGGUAGGACGGGGGUGGAGAUGGAGGCGCUGACGGCCGCCUCCGUGGCAGCUCUUACAGUCUACGAUAUGUGCAAGGCUGUGAGCCACGACAUUGUCAUCACGGAUGUGAAACUGCUCAGCAAGACGGGUGGGAAGAGAGACUUUCACCGUCAAUGAACACAGGAAAACUGAACUCCAAAAUGAAGAAAGUCUUUUUCUGCAAACCCAAAUGUGUACCAAUGACUCUGGCUCCUACACAAUCACAAAAUUCCAUAUUCAUCCAAAAACAAUUAGACUUUUUUCUGGACAUUUGAAUACAAAUUUUUAACUCUGAACCUGCCUGAUUAGUAGUCAGAUCUUAAAAUCUGUAGGAUCUAACAGAAAAAUGGCUUUCUGGCAUUUGUACUUGGAUCAAUUCCAUUUCAAAAUCAGUAACUCUUUACGUUACCCUCCUGUGGUCUUGGCAUGAUGCUCAGGAGGAGUGCAGCAGAUGUCACGGUCUGACAGUGGGGAAGCGUGAGUGGAACGGGGGGCUUUGAGGAGUAUCCCGUCAGACCGCCAGUUUCUGAAACAUGUAAAAGAUGCAUGUUUCGAAAAGGCCCGUGAGCCUGGGGCCAUUUAUGCCGCCAGGCUCACGGGGGGGUUAAUAGCUUGGUCCAUAAGACCACAGGAGUGCUAAGAAAGGAACACCUACUCAACGUUGACCAGAAGCAUGAGUUGUGAAUCUUGGCAUUUUUGUUACAUUUCUAAAAAAUAAAAUUGUUCUGCAUUUCAGAUCAAGCUUAAAAACCGCAAGUACAAUUUAACCUGAACUUGGAACCUUUUUGCUACUCAAGAACUUUUUUGGUUCUAUUCAUGAGUGUGAAAACUAAGAGGUGUUGUGGCAAGUGGAGGCAGAAGCUUUUACUAUCUGAUGCAGAUUAACAUAAAAUCACAUCACUUUUUAAACAUUAUUAGGCAUCUGUCCUUGGAAUAUAUCAAAAGGACAUUCCACUGUUUUCCAGACAUUUUCAAACUGCCUCUUUUUAAAAGCUUCUUCAAUCAUAUAAUAAAAUCUGAUUUGUAAUUUCCUGACAUUUACAUUACUUGAAGAUUAAUUUGUCUUUACCUCUAAUUAUUUUAGCAAAACAGUAUUCAUUCAUUGCUUAAUUUCUGUUUAGUAAAAACUCUGUCAUACAUGAGCUUAUUUUUCCCUCUGUCUACAGACACUACAACCCUACUAAAUGUGUGUUUCUCAGUUACAACUAACUGAACGUUGAUGUUUACAUUCUGAAUGUCCUUGAUUAUCUGAAGUUAUAUUUCACACCAUAUAUCUGAUUUGCGUUGUUGUACCUAAUAACACCAUGACUGUUUUUUUUUUUUUUUUUUUUACAGAGUGUUAUGUUAGCUUAAUGCAGCCUAACUUUUUAUUAUCUUAUAAAGUUGAUUUUUGCAUUUUUCUACUUAACAUGACUUCUGUAGAUUAUAUGGGUUUUACAUAAGACAAUGGUGGUCCUCACUGUGGUCUGAGCAUUAUUUUCUUUUGUCAUAAUAAAAAGUUGUAUUCACUGAA